AUGUAUUCUGAGGAUCUUAUCAAACGAUUGACUUCCGAGCUUACUGGCAAAUUGGAAGAUGCCGUUCUUCUUUGGAUGCAUGACCCUGCCGGACGCGAUGCUGAAAUCCUCAGGAAGUAUCUAACCGUGACCAAGGUUCUUGACACCAAGGCUCUUGAAGCUGCCACUGAAGUUAUUUGUUCCAGAACUCCAGCCCAACUUCAAUAUUUAAAGCAGAUUUACCAUACUAAGUUCGGCACUUUUCUUGAUCAUGAUAUAGAAAUAAAUACCUCUGGGGAUCACAAAAAGCUUUUACUUGCAUAUCUAAACACGCCACGCCACGAAGGCCCUGAGACUAAUAGAGAUAUGGCUGAGAACGAUGCCGUGGUUCUGUAUAGAGCAGGUGAGAAGAAACUCGGAAUAGAUGAGAAAAUUUUUGUGCAAAUAUUCAGUGGACACAGUGCCGCACAAUUGGCUCUCAUAAAUCAGUGUUACAAUACCAAGUAUGGACAUUCAUUGAAAAAGGUAAUCAAGAAGGAAACAUCAGGGCAUUUUGCUCAUGCACUUUCCACAAUAGUCCAAUGUGCCGAGAAUCCUGCUAGGUAUUUCGCAAAGGUCCUACGGAAGGCAAUGAAGGGGUUGGGAACGGAUGACACAAAGCUUAUCAGGGUGAUUGUAACAAGGUGUGAGAUUGAUCUACAUUAUAUCAAAGCUGAAUAUUUAAAGAAAUAUAAGAAGACACUAAAUGAUGCAGUUCACUCAGAAACAUCCGGCCACUACAGGUCUUUUCUUCUCGCACUUUUAAAUCAUAAAGCAAUUAAUUGA